CAGAAUUUCUUCAAUUAAAGAAGAAAAUUCUCACCAAUCUUCCAAAUAUGUGGAUCACCGUAUUAGUAAGAUAUUUUGGUUUCUAAAAGAGCCCUAUAACAAAGUUUUGGCAAUUUAGUCACCAUUUUGUAUCCUCCGCAAUUUUUAAAGUUUGUUUGGUUGAUACCGUGAGAGGAUAUGGCAACUUUUAAUGAAGAAUGGAGAUGAAUAUAUUCAGAUAGGGCUGCUUUCUUUGGUGGACUGGGUGGGAAAAAUGUAAGAAAAAAAUAAUCUGGGAAAUUUUCUCAGAAAAAAACUCCUUUGAAAAAUAAAGCGUCACUAUUUUUACUCAAAAGCAGUUUGAAGAUAAUCUGCUACUAUUUCUGCCAGCUUCAAAAUACUGAGACCAAGAAUCAAGGAUUUCACAUAAUCACUGUCUUUCUCCAAGUUUCCAAGAAGUCUUGGAUCACAUCAUGUGAUGUAUUGUGAAUUUUUUUUCCUUUGCUGAGCCAGGGUGGGCAUGGCCUGCGUGUGACACAUCAGGUCUGUGGGCCGCCAGUUUGACACCUCGAGCAAAAACUGUUAUGGUCAGGAGCUGGGAGGUGAGGUGAAGAAAGAGAUAUGCAAAUGGAUAAACAGAUUACCCACAAGCUCCACAGAGUAACAACAUUUUCAAACGGGAUAGUUUUAGAUACACCACAACUGAGCUUUAAAUAUACCACAACUGAACCCAGGCAGCUUUUGAAAACAUCUGGCAAUGGGAAAUUGCAAAGCUUGAGAGUAGUAUUGAGCUCUCAUUAAGACAGCCCUUUGGCUCAGCCCCAAAUCCUGUUACUUCAGUAUUGCUGCAGAAAAAGCUAUUUCAAUUAUGGAUUAAUUACAAAGCAAGACUUCUUGAUAGUUAAAUAUAAUCACAUAGACAGAAAUAUACCAUUUUUAGUUAUCAUUUUGAAUGUGAUAUAUUUCCUUCUAAGCUUCUUUCAGCUAUCUGAUAGCAGACUAAUGGAUUCACAGGUGCUAAUUCCUAAUUCACCAUUACAGAUUACCACAGAUUUUUUCCCCUAUACAAUUGUGUGAGAUUGAAGAUAUUACAGUGUGAAAAACAUUAGUUGAGUGUACAACCGGAUGUACAUUUAAAUGGGUGCAGAUUAUGCAUACAUGCUCAUUAUUCAGCUUCCUCAUUGGCUAGAAUCACCAGGUGACCACAGUAUUUUUAAAAAUGGUACCCAAAUAGUACAAGAAGAAACAGUGAAAAACAUUGGUAAUGUUUUGAGGUUGCUUUUAAAAAUGCUCAGUUUUUAAAAUGCUCUAGUGCAGAACUGUCAAACUCGUGGGGUGUGGGUCGGAUGUGUCAUGCACUGGCCACACCCAUGCCCAGUUAACAAAGGGAAAAAGGCAUGAUACAUCACAUGACAAUGCCAUGAUGACGCAAGUUUGACAUCCCUGCUCUAGCAUAAUGUAAUUCUAAUGGAUUUUUUUCUUUGUUUCUAGCUAGGAAAUGUUUAACUCGCCCAUAUAAAUACAACCUGUUUCAAAUAUAUUUUUGAUAGUUGGUUAUGUGCUAUGUGUAUUGAAAAAGUGCUAAAUCUUAGGCAAACAUGAGGUCUAAAAUAUUUCUACUGGUCCUCUAUAAAGGAAAAAUAUACUGUAUUAGUUGGUUGUAAUUUUCACUUUGUUUCAUUGUAAUUGGCCUACAUUUUUCUUGUGGUAUAAUACUAUAGACUCUUUUUCAAGUUCUUAUUCUCCUUGUUCUCCUGCUUUGUAAAGUAGGUGUGUUCAUUGGUUUGUCAUGGCUCCUAAUACAAACAUAAAGAAUAGGCACAAUACAUUUAAAACUUAAUUGUGUGCAGUGGGUAAUUAAAGGCAUAUUGUUGGACUGUAUGCUUUUCAAACAGAAGUUUUACAUAAGAACCCUCAUGAAACUUUUGAUCUAUUGAAGACAUCAUCCAUAAUAGGACUAGUGCAGUGUUGGCGAACCUUUUCGGCACUGAGUGCCAAAACAGGAGUGGGCAUGCGUGUGGGGGAACAUCGGAAACUGAAAGAGCAGCUCCCCAGUGCGCACGCACAGGAGCACCAGAAACUGGAAGAACAGCAUAAUGCAUGCCAGGAAACUACUCUUCCAAUUUCCGGCUCUCCUGUGCACACAAAGAAAAGCUGGCUGGCGUGCAUGUGUGCGCCAGAACCCAGAAGAGCAACGGGCGAUGGCUGGUGUGCCCAGAGAGAUGGCUCUGCAUGCCACUUCUGGCACACGUGCCAUAGGUUUUCCAUCACGGAACUAGUGGCAUCAAUUGGAAUCUGGUCUCUGUUUAUUAAAUUCAGAACAUAUUUGUCUUCAUGGAUCAUUGAGGUUCAAAGAACAGAAAGUGUAAUAGUUGAGACAGAACAGAACAAAUCCUACUUCAAAUUACAUUUCUUCCGUGGAAUUAUCAAACUACUUCCAACGAAUAAUCCAGCCAUUCAAGUCACAGUUCCUAAAGCAACCAGACUGAAGGAUUUCAGUCCAAUCUGCUUAGAAAGAAUGAGGACUGCAGAAAAAACAAUUACUACCAACCUCGAGGACCUGUAUACUGCAAAAAGAGUAUACUGUAUACUGCAAAGUCAAAAAGAGGGCUGUGAAAAUAGUUACAGACCCCUCACAUCCUGGAUAUAAACUGUUUCAACUCCUUCCCUCAAAACGAUGCUGUAGAGCACUGCACACCAGAACAACUACACACAAUAACAGUUUUCCCCCCGAAAGCCAUCAGUCUGCUAAACAAAU